AGGAUAAUCAGAUGACCAGGCACCGACACCAAAGACAAUCGAUACCACAUAAUUUAACCGCAUCUGAAAUUCAAUAAAAUACAAUAUAUAUGCACAAAAUAAAAAAAUAUGAAUAAAAAAAAUGCCCAAUUCUAACAGGCGAUAACUUUAAGAUGCAAAACGUCACGCGGGUCAAUCAUUAAAAGCUGAUAAGGAAGUUGUGGACUUUGGAAACGGCUGUAAAUACUGGCCUGAUGCAGCAGGUAGUUUCCUCUAAAUCUAGGCUGGGUGCAGUCCUCACAUCCCCGUGUCGACGCGCAGGCGUGGCGCACGGAUGACGCACUAUUGUGUUAAGUUGCGAUGCCCGGACUUUACCAUUGAAGAGGAAAGACAGAAGAUAACGCAAGCAGACAGAUAUACAUCAGACCAUAAGGCCUACAGGAUGAUCAUGGACAAUAUCUUCCCAAACAUCAGGCUAGUGUUGGUGGCAGUCUUUCUGGUUGUAGUUCAGCUAAACAGAGACGUGACCGAGGCCUUGGCGGUGACGUCCUCCGGUCCCCAGACCAUCAAGAGGUCCCAGGGGACUACUGUCCUCCUGGGGUGCACCUUCACGCCGGGGCCCGCGGACGUGGGAGAGCUGGACGUGGAGUGGUACAACGCCAACCCUGACGUCACUCAGAAGGACACGCUGCUCAUCUCCUUCACGGGGGGAAAGACGCUGCACUACGCCACGUCCAGCGUCACCAGGAGGAUGAAGUUCAUCGGGGACCCCACGACGGGGGACGCCUCGGUCUCCAUCUCCGACGUGGAGGAGGGCGACACGGCCACCUACCAGUGUAAGGUGAAGAAGGCCCCCGGCGUGGACAUGAGGAAGGUCACCCUGGUGGUAAUGGUUCGCCCCUCGGUUCCCCGGUGCUGGGUGAAGGGUGGGGAGGAGAAGGGAGGGGACGUUUCCCUGCGCUGCCUGUCCGCCAAGGGAUCCGUCCCUUUGACGUACGCCUGGAGCACGGAGAGUGGGGGCCCCCUACCACCCCGCACCACCCAAGACUCGCAGACCGGAGAGCUGCUGAUCAGGAACCAUUCAGACAGCUAUAUCGGGACAUACGUCUGCCUCGCAAAGAAUCCUGUGGGCGAGGAGCAGUGCAAAUACACGCUCCAGGCGCACAACCCGACCAACAAGGCGGGAGUCAUAGUGGGGGCGGUCAUCGGGGCACUGCUGCUCCUCCUGCUCCUUCUCCUCCUCAUCUGGCUCCUGGUCGUCUGCUGCCUCAAACGCCGUUACCAGAAGGAAAUGGCCAAUGAGAUCAGAGAGGACGUCCCGGCCCCCGAGAGCCGUCCGACCAGCAGGAACUCGAGCAUCCGCUCGGUGAUGGCGUACCGCGCGCACCCAGGAGUCAAGUACAGCUCGGUGCAGAAGGGCCAGCCGGGAAGGACUGAGUCUAGUCGCAGCGCCGCCAACAGUACCCGGAGCAACGGCAGAGACAUGGCGGUCUCUCCUGGGCAGAGCCUGCCUAGCCUCCAGUACGACAGCAAGUUUGGAUACCCGGUGUAGGGCAUGGAUUUACCCCGGCGUAGGGCAUGGAUUUACCCCGACGUAGGGCAUGGAUUUACCCCGGUGUAGGACAAGGACUUGCUGCUGCUUCGGCCUACCUUGAACCUUUUUAAACCUUUUUUCUUUAAGUUGUAAAUCGUUCCUCUAUCUCUUGUCAUGGAUUUGAUGGAGGUAACAAAUGGUGCAAUAGCAAAAGUGGGAUACAAAGCCAGCAGCAUCACAGGCUGCCUCAUUUGCCCACUUAUUGCCAGAUAUGAAUACAAGGCUAUUAGGCAGGAAUCCAUAAAGGCUCUCCCGUAAACCCAUGUAGAGCUAAAGUUCUCAAGUGUGCUGUAAAGUGUAUCAUGGCCCUUGUAAACAAACGUGUAAAAUAGCUUCCACCUGAAUCCAAAUCCUUGUUGUGAUCGCGCACGCACAGGCUGAGAAACCCGUGGAUGUAAAUAAGAUGUAUGCCUGGGUGUAUUCAGGUAUGUAUUGGUCUCUCAAGCAGGGGUAAUUAUGCAUGGAUUUUUCGUGUUUUUAAAAUGUCUAUAAUAUGUAUUGGUCUCUCAAGCAGGGGUAAUACUAAUUAUAGAUGGAUUUUUUUAUGUUUUUUAAAUCUGUACAAUAAACUGCUUUAAAACUGUAACUGAAAAGUAAAGCCAUCGGAUUAUACUUUUUAAAACAAGGAAUCUAGAUCACUAACUGUUUUUUCUGUGUCACAUUAACUGAUUAUAUGAAUAAUCUUUUGAUUGUGUUGGAAUGAUUACCAAUACAUUCGGACAGGUUAUUUAACAAACUAAUUAGAAAACCCUUUUUAAAGGACAUUUAGUGGACAAAGGAAAGCAAAACUCAAUAUCUUAUUUCAAACAAUGUGAUGUGCAAAGAACAUAAUAAAUCUAUUUAAUAAUGAAUUUGCAACUCGAGUCAGUUGUGGAGAUAGGUUUGAUUUCCCCAGUGUCUAAAGCCUCACCUUUUAAAGCUUUGAGCUAGAUAUAAAACCCCUUCCUACCCCUAGACAAGUAUCUGAAUUCACUGCAAAGCAUCUGCUUGCUUUAUGGCUAAAUAGUAAAUAAAAAUAGCUUCAUCAUAUAUAACUAAGGGGUAAGGCCAUGCUUAUUAACAUCCAGAAGUCCUCGUUCGAAUUUCUGGUUAUCCAACAACGCUCCUUUUUUAUUUAUUUUUUUACAAACAAUCCAAUCAAAGCCUAAAAGCUAAAGAGGAGAUAGUUUCUAUGUUCAAUAAUAUUCCACUGCACUGUGAAUGUAAAACUAUAAACCACUCACUUAUGUGGGUAAUUGGAUUC